UUUUAAGGAUUGCCAUUUGCGGUUUGCCGCUUAUUUUAAUAUUUUGUGAAUGUAUUAUUUUUAAAUUAUAAAUCGGUAUAACAAACAACGAAACAACAGUUUAAAGUCUAAAUAAAAGAUUUAAAAAAAAUACUACAAUAUCGAAACUAUAAAUACUCAGUCUUAUAAAUUAUAACUAUGAACAAAUAGAAAUGUCUGAUUCGAAACAAUUACGAUUGGAAAUAAGCAACGCUUUUAAGUUAAGUGGUUUUACGCUAAGAAGGGAAGCUAGUUCUUUUCUUGCCGAGAAACUAUCAGACGUAUCAAAUCACGAGCGCUCUAAAGUUAUAGACAAUUUAACAAAACAUCUUUUACAUCAAUGUUUAUCCCAUCCAGUUUUAGAAAAGGAACAUCUCGAAACAGCUUAUAUUGAAUGUUCUACCUCAGGUUUGGAAGAAACUGAAACUGUACUUAAUGUUAUUGAUGCAUUCAGUGUACCAAAGAUAUGUUAUGACAGUGAAAGAAAAAAGUUUGUGAAAGAAAUCAAUGCAAAUAAUAAUUUAUACCCAGAUCCCAAAUGGAAAGCAGAAUUCUUGAUCAAUAGGUACACAAUCAUAUGGCAUAGAACAACACGUAAUAAAUUAUUUGCAAAAGAAGCUUUAUCUGGUGAGAAUGACAGCCAAUUCAGACUUAGGAAAGUAGAAGUGUUGCUGAGUUCUUCAAGUAGGGUUGAUGAUGUUAUUGUAUUAGGUUUAUUGACUCAGUUAACUGAAGGAAAGUAUUAUAUAGAGGAUCCUACAGGAAGUGUUGUGUUGGAUAUGACACAAACUAGAUACCAUUCUGGACUUUUUACUGAAAAUAGUUUUGUUUUAGCUGAGGGCUAUUAUGACGAUAAAACAUUUCAUGUUAUGGGGCUUGUAUUACCCCCAUCUGAAAGUAGAGCAAUGUCACUACCUUAUUUCGGCAAUUUGAACACAUUUGGUGGCAAAUCAAAGACACUGUUGAAGAAUUCACAAAAUUUAUUAAAAAUUGAAGAAGAAAAUGAAGAUGGAAUGAUCAUCUUUCUAUCUGAUGUAUGGUUGGAUAAUCUUAAAGUUGUAUCUAAGCUGAAAACAUUGUUCUCUGGAUAUAAUGAGUUCCCACCUAUUGCUAUCAUAUUUAUGGGAGAGUUCUUGUCAUGUCCAUAUGGCUAUGAACACAGUAGUCAACUUAAGGCUGCAUUAAUAAGUUUAGUGGACAUUAUUCUGCAGUUCCCUAACCUGAAAGAAUCCUGUAAGUUUAUAUUUGUUCCCGGCAGGGGAGAUCCUGCAGCUGCAAAUAUCCUACCCCGACCAGCAAUACCUAAUGUUGUUACACAGGAGAUAAGAGAUAAAUUAGGUGACACAGUUAUAUUUACCACAAACCCAUGUAGAAUCCAGUACUGUACGCAGGAAAUUGCGGUUAUAAGACAGGAUUUAGUGACAAAGAUGUGCCGUAAUGCAAUACACUUUCCUGAAAGUGGUGAUAUUCCUGACCACUUAACAAAGACAUUGCUAAGCCAAUGUACAUUUUCACCAUUGUCGCUGGGUGUACAACCUGUAUAUUGGAAGUAUGCAGAUGCAUUAAAUCUGUAUCCGAUGCCUGAUUUAGUUGUAGUUGCAGAUCAAUUUCAGCCAUACAUAAGAACAUAUCAGAACUGUCAUGUGAUUAAUCCCGGUUCAUUUCCAAGGACAGAGUUUUCUUUUAAAGUGUAUAUCCCUGCAUCUAGAACUGUUGAAGAUUCACAAAUACCAAACGAAGACACCUGACGAUUUUAUUAAAAUAGAAUCAGGAAUACAGUGUUAUAUAUUAUAGUAGUUAUAUUGUAUUGGCUCCUGUCUGUGAAUUUGUCCACACACAUUUGUUUUUUAUAUAAUGUACCCUGAGGAAAAUUUCUCAGUAUUAAUUAGAGUAUUAAAUUAAUAAUUAUUGUCA